CCCCUCAUUGAGAAGAUCAACAAAAGGGCACCAGAUGCAAGCAUGAAGAUUUCGCGCCUGUGAAAAUGUUAUUAGAAGCAUUGAUUUGGACGAGAUAAACAACUGAUUAAAUGGCAAAAUACCUCGCGCAGAUUAUUGUGGUCGGUGCGCAAGUGGUGGGUCGCGCCUUCGCCAGGGCGCUCAAGCAGGAAUACGCGGCCAGCCAGGAGGCGGCCAAGAGGGCGCAGAAUGGACAAAGAGGAACCGCUCGUGCUGCGGCCAAUAUGAAAUCAGGCAUCACUCUGGAGGAGGCACAACAAAUUCUUAAUGUUGAUAAGUUGGACCCGGAGGAAGUGAAAAAGAGUUAUGAAAGGCUAUUUAGUAUGAACGACAAGAAAAACGGCGGCUCAUUUUACAUCCAGAGUAAAGUGUUUCGUGCCAACGAAAGGUUACAACAAGAACUUGCAGAGCAAAGACAUUCUCAGAAAUCGUCACCCACGCAAGAUCCACCCCCAAACACCUAAGAGUGACUCCUUUGUUUAAUUAAGACCGUAAAAAUCAUGCUGAGAUAAUAGCCUUGUAAAAUCUUGUUUCUCCUGCUUGGCGGGGCUAUGCUGUUUUAGUCGAAUUAAAUAUAAUGUGCUUAUUAUAUUAAUCACCUUGAAUAUUGGUU